AUGCCGGCCGAAAUCAGGACCGGCGGCACCGUUGCGGAGGAGGAGCUGCAAAGGCAGCGGUCCAUCGAGCAAGCCAUUGCCGAGGGCCACGACGCCGACGUCCCUUCCAGUCUUGGCUACGUCUUGUCCGAGAAGGGUACCCAGUCACGCAGGCAAUCCCUAGCGAGGAGCCAAAGCAACUCUCCGCCAAAGUCCGUCGUCGCCAGCGCCAGUAACAAGCCCGAGGCUGACCUUGAAAGGGGUACCGAUGCCACUGCGACUGAAAGCGAGGGCGAGAAUCCAAGUGAAGACGACCCCAACGUCGUUUGGUGGGAUGGUGACGACGACCCCGACAAUCCUUACAACUGGCCGGAAUGGAAAAAAUGGGUAAACACUAUAUUCGUUAGCACUUUGACCUUUUUGACGCCUUUGGCCUCGUCCAUAUUUGCGCCCGGUGUGCCUCAGCUGAUGGAAGAGUUUCGAAUCACCAACUCCGAAUUGGGAAGUUUUGUUGUGUCGAUAUACAUUCUCGGGUUUGCUCUCGGGCCUCUAGUCAUCGCGCCUUUGAGCGAGAUUUAUGGCCGCAGCAUCGUGUACCACGUAUGCAACCUUGGGUUCUUGGCCUUUGUGAUUGCAUGUGCCGUGGCGCCAUCGAUGAAUAGCCUCAUUGCCUUCCGCUUCAUUUCUGGCAUUUUCGGCUCGUGCCCCAUCAGCAAUGGCGGAGGCACCAUUGCGGACAUGAUCGUACAGGAGAAGAGAGGAUUCGCCAUGUCAAUAUACACAUUAGGACCUCUCAUUGGUCCAGUCGUCGGACCUGUGGCUGGCGGCUUUUUGUCAGGUGCCAAGGGUUGGCGCUGGUGCUUUUGGGUCCUCGCCAUUGCCACAGGAUUCAUGUCCAUCUGCAUGAUGGUUUUCAUGAAAGAAACCUACGCCCAUGUCAUUCUGGACCGCAAAACUGCAAAGCUCCGCAAGGAGACGGGCAAUGAGCAGCUGCGAAGCAAGCUCGAUGCCGGCCUGAGUACCACGGACUACUUUAAGCGAAGUAUAGUGCGUCCCCUCAAGCUCAUGGCCUUUUCGCCAAUCACUCAAAUCUUUGCUAUCUACUUGGCCAUUGUGUACGGAUACCUGUACCUCGUAUUCACCACCAUCACGUCGGUCUUCACUGAAACUUAUGGUUUCAGUUCGUCUACCGCGGGUCUCGCGUUUCUUGGAAUCGGCAUUGGCUUUUUGAUCGGCCAGGGCAUAUUCACUUAUACCUCGGACGCAUAUGUGCAAAGGCGGGCUGCGCGCGAAGGCAAUGGCAUGCUGCCCGAGUACCGGCUCCUCUGGCUUCCCUUUGGCGGAGCAGUUUUGCCCAUAGGAUUCUUCAUCUACGGCUGGACUGCUGAAUACAAAGUCCACUGGAUCGCUCCCAUCAUCGGAAUGGGCGUAAUUGGCAUUGCAAACAUCCUCUUAUUCAUGUCUGUGACAGUGUACCUCAUCGACUCAUUCAACAUGUACGCUGCGAGUGCUAUGGCCGCAAACACAGUCAUUAGGUCCGUCGCAGGGGCUGUGCUACCACUGGCCGGACCUGCCAUGUAUGCAGCACUGGGAUUGGGAUGGGGAAACUCACUCCUUGCAUUUAUUGCGCUGGCAAUGCUGCCCGUACCCUUUGUCAUUCAACGUUACGGCGAGUAUCUGAGGACCAGGUUCGCGUUUGAGAUGUGAACUGAGCCGAGUGCUGCCAAUAUCAUGUACGAAUUGCCCCA